AUGACUUUGAGUAUCAACAAGCAACAAGUACAACCGGUACAACAGGUUCAAGCUUUUUGUGAAAUAUGUGGAGAGGGGCACACGAGCGACAUAUGCCCCGCUAACCCAGAAUCUGUCUGCUUUGUUGGUAAUUCAAAUAGAGGCCAAACAAACCAAUAUGGAAACACUUACAAUCCCAACUGGAGGAACCACCAAAACUUCUCUUGGGGUGGAAUCCAAGGUACUCAGAAUCAAUACAGGCCUCAAGCACCUCAACAUCAAUAUAGACCACCUCAGGUUGAACAACAAGCAAAUCCUACAAGUCACUUCGAAGACAUGUUGAAAAAAUUGAUGGCUGAACAGCAAGCCCUCGCCACAACAGUGAGAAAUUUGGAGCGUCAAAUGGGACAGCUUGCCAGUGCUCAAAACACUAGACCAGCUGGAGCUCUUCCAAGUGACACUGAAGUGAAUCCUAGGGCAACCCUUAAUGCCGUGUCGUUGAGGAAUGGGAGACAACUAGAAGAAGAUCAGUCUAAAAAGAGGAAACAAGUGACUUUUAAUGAGAGGCCAACCACUAUAGAAUCAACAUCAGAAAAAGCUGAGGAGCCAGAGAAGCCAGCUGGAGAGGCGGUGGCUGAGCAACCACCACAAUUGGUUGCAAGGCCACCACCUCCAUUCCAUCAAAGAUUGCAGAAAUUAAGAGAUAAUGCCGCAUAUAAAAAGUUUCUUGAUAUCUUGAAGCAGGUACAAAUUAAUAUUCCAUUGGUUGACAUCUUACAAGAAGUACCCAAAUAUGCAAAGUACAUCAAGGACAUUAUGGCAAAUAAAAGGAGGCUAACCGAGUUCGAGACUGUGGCACUCACUGAGGAGUACAGUUCAAGAAUUCAGGGCAAGUUACCGCAGAAAUUGAAGGAUCCAGGUAGUUUCACUAUCCAAAUCUCGAUUGGUAAAACUGUUGUUGGGCGAGCUUUAUGUGAUCUUGGAGCAAGCAUCAAUUUGAUGCCGCUAUCGGUGUUCAGACAGUUGGGUUUGGGUGAGCCACGCCCAACAACAGUUAUCUUACAGUUAGCUGAUCGCUCCCUUGCUCAUCCUGAGGGAGUGAUUGAAGAUGUGCUAGUUCAAGUGGGUUCCUUCAUAUUCCCUGCUGAUUUCAUUAUCUUGGAUUACGAGCCUGAUCAGGAAGUCCCAUUUAUUUUGGGGCGUCCAUUCUUAGCCACGGGCCGAGCUAUUAUCGAUGUCUGCGAAGGAAGAAUGACAAUGAGAGUGGGUGAUCGAGUGGAGGUCUUGAAUGUUUAUAGAGCACUCAAGUUACCAGCCCACUAUGAAGAGUUAUCCAUGAUCUCUGUGGUGGAGAGUGAUGCUACAUCGUUAGUGCCCUAUAUGAGCCCUGUAGAUCCUGUUGAAUGA